AUGUCCCGAACUACAGAAAAAAAUUCUAUGCCCUCAAAAACAGUCUUAACGUCUAUCUCACUUGGUUCAUUAUCAAGAACAGUUAAAGAGACAACUUUAUCCACUAUUGCGACAACUAACACAAACACUUUGAAUACACAUCUCAUAUUGCCAAAUGUUGCUGGAGAGCAGACUAAAUCUACAUCAGGUAAGACCAUUGGGUUAUCAAUCGGCCUGCCUGUGGGAAUAUUCACUUUUGCCUUGCUAGCAUUUCUAGUCUAUUUUUAUAUCAGAAAAAACAGCAUUCUUAGGGCAACCUCACCUAUAUCUCCAUAUUUUACUUCAAAAGAAGGUGACUCUAACCAAGAUCACGGCAACUGGUUGAUGAAUAAAUUAUAUGGAAAAAACUUUAGUGAGAAAAGGGCAGAUAACCUGAUUGAGAACACUUGGCCAAUCGGUGACGGAUCACCGGCUAGAAUUCAUUAUAAAAUAUCAAGUAAACUACCGAAACAUAUAUUAACACCUCAAAAAGCAUUUGUUCAGCGUCCAUUUUCCAGUAAAUCUUUGUCCAUGGAGGAAGAGAAGGCAGACACUUUUCUUUACUGUAAACCUCCAAAUAUAGCACAUAUGGGUUCCAAAUUAGAAAUAUCUAAAGAUAAAGAUGAUAAUACGACGUUUAAAUCUGCUUCCAAAGGUAAAUGGAAAUAUGAAUCACCAUUAUCUAGCUGGUUUCUGAGAAGUUCCACCUAUUUUAGAGACCAAAAUGGUUCCACAUCAACGACUAAUCUUUCAAAUUCAGAUAAUGAGAAUAUAUUCCCAACGAAACAAUUAAAGCAUCUCAAAAUCCUUUCUCAUGUCAGCAAAUCGUACCUCUCUGAUGCUCAUUUGGGAAAACAAGUUGUGGAAGAUGAAAGUUCACCAAUGUUAGAGAAAUUCAAUAAUCGUGGUUUUGAUCUGGAGAUGGAAGGAAAUAAGAGAAACAUUACACCGACUUCCUUUGAUAAUCCCUCCUCACACUCUACCGAGGGAGAACAAAGACCAAAUUCUGCCAUUUAUGGUACCAUUAGUUCUCAAACUUUGACCUUGCCAAAGAGAUCAAAAAAUGAAUCCCGAAACAAAGGGAAUCCAGCUAUUCAAAUUGACCCCAAGAUCAAAUCUCAUUCUAAGAGAAAAAAGAGAAGACAAAGUAAACUAAGGAAGCAUUUAGAAUAUUUGUCCAAUUUAAAACCACUACCCUCUAUACCACACGAUACGCCAGAAAAUAAUCAAAUUUGUAAAGUGAUCCAAAGAUAUGAUUCUAAAUUAACAGAUGAGAUUGAUAUUCAUAUUGGAGAGUAUGUCAAGAUAUUGGCCACACAUACAGAUGGGUGGUGCCUUGUUGAAAAAUGCAGUAGAGAUGGUGAUGUGUUCUCAUUACCUGAUCCAAGCACCUUCUCGAAAAUUGAACUAACUAAAUAUUUGAAUGAAAACAGAGGCAUUGUUCCUGGAGACUGUCUAAUGGAUUUUUAA